UUAUAAUGAAACAAGAGCACAGAGAUGAGAUGGAUUUGUCUGCUGUUCCAUCUUUGGCCCUGCCUCAUACAAGCAAUGUCCAGGGCCUGCAUUCUAUCCGAACUCAAUUGCCUUCACCAGAGCAAGGGCAUCCACAUGACAAUUUACUGUCUACAUCACCCAGGAGCCUUGUAUGUCCAGUUCAACCACCAUACACAGCAAUGGUGACCUCAGCAGUAUCCCACCUGCCACAUAUGCAAGGCAGAAACCUUAGUCCGAGUGAAGAGUGUCAUGUUUUGCCUCCUGCUGUGGUUCAGUCUUUUCAGGUAACAUCAGCACCUCCUGUGAGGCCUUCUUACCAGCCUAUGCAGUCUAACGAUGUAUACAAUGGACAGUCUGGUCUUCCUAUGAACUCUGCCUCCAGCCAAGGAUUUGAUACUAUUUCCUUUCAGCAAGACACUGCUGUACCUCAUUUGAUAAAUCUUAGCUGCCAAGCUCUACCACCAAUGCAGUUUCAUUCUUCAAAUCCAGGUUCUGUGUCAACAUCAAGUACAGCAGGGCACCCACUAGCACACCCAGCUCAUUCAGGACAGUCGUCUUCUCACCUACCAUCAAUGGGGUACCACUGCCCGAGCGCUGGGCAGGGCUCCAUCCCUUCUGCAAUGAGUCGGUCCCUUGGGCAGUCUUCUCCCCAGCUGCAACAAGUCCCAUACCACUCUACAAAUCCAGCAUCCGCAUCAUCCCCAUCCCCAACAGCUUCCCACCCUUUGGUCCAUUCACCGCUGUCUGGACCUUCUUCACCCCAGCUACAACCUCUGCCUUACCAAUCUCCUAGCUCAGGACCUGCCUCAUCUCCCCCACCAACCACUGUAAGUCACUCGGGACAGCACUCCCCUCAAGCGCAUAGUCCAGCACUGGGAGGCCUUAAUGCAGCGUCAUCCCUAGUACACCAUACCGUAUGCGAUUCAUCUCCAUUUUCACCAGAUGGGGCAGCUAUUAACAUUAAACCAGAACCUGAAGAUCGAGAAUUGAAUUUUCAAACCAUAGGACUACAAGACAUCACGCUAGAUGAUGUGAAUGAGAUCAUAGGAAGAGAUAUGUCACAGAUCUCGGUGUCACAUGGAACAACAGUGGCCAGCCAGUCUGCACGUACAUGUCCUGGAUCUCUGGAGACAAGGAUAUCUGAUGGAAUCCAGUAA